AUGGAUAUUUUGGCAACAAUUACUUGUUUUAUUGGUGGAGUUCUUUCAGCUGCUUCAGGUACUGGUGGUGGUGGUGUUUUCGUUCCAUUACUUCACGUUGCUGGUCAAUUCCCACCUACCCUUGCAAUUCCAAUUUCAACAUUGAUGAUUUUCGGUGCUGGUAUUAUCAAUAUUGCAACUUUGAGUUUCAAGAGACACCCUCACGCAGAUCGUCCACUUAUUGAUUAUGAUAUUGCUUUAAUGAUGGAACCUCCAACAUUGUUGGGUACAAUUAUUGGUGUGUUCUUUAACAUGAUGUUCCCUGAUUGGCUCAUUGUCGUUUUUGUUAUUCUUACAUUGAGUAUUACCUCGUUUGUCAUGUUUAAGAAUGGUUACAAGAGAUUGAAGAGAGAAAAUGAAGAGAGAAAGAAAUUGGAGGAAUCUACAACUGAAGAAAAUCAUAAUGAUAAUAAUAAUCCAACCACUGUCUAUGAUGAAUUGCAACAAAUGUAUGAAUCUGAAAAGAGAACACCAUUUGGAAAGGUUAUUGUCUUGUUUAUUUGUUGGAUGACUGUCUUUACAUUGAGUUUGUUGAAAGGUGGUCACGGUGCUCCAUCCAUUAUUCCUAGUGUUACACAAUGUAGUGUUGGUUAUUGGAUUUUGACUGCAUUGAGUUUCCCAUUGCUUGGAGCAAUGACUUUGGGCAUUGUUUUCUACUUGUUGAAGAAACACGAAAGAAAGGUUCAAAUUGGUUAUCAAUUCGUUGAAGGAGAUGUUCAUUGGAAUAAGUACAAUGUUACUCUCUAUCCUAUUGCUUGUGUUGGUGCUGGUAUUUUGGCUUCCAUGUUGGGUAUUGGUGGUGGUAUGGUCAAGUCUCCACUUUUACUUAUUUUGGGAAGUGAUCCAGUUUCUUCUCAAGCCACCACAUCUUUCAUGAUUCUCUUCACAUCAUCUAUUUCUACUGUUCAAUAUUUGAUUGCUGGAUUAUUACCUGUUGAUUAUGGUUUGUGGUUUUUGGCAUGUGGUAUUUUGUGUGGUGUAUUUGGUCAAUUGAUUUUGGACUUGUGGUUGGACAAGAGUGGUAGAAGAUCUAUUAUGAUUUUCAUUGUUGCAAUUGUUACCCUUGCUGCUACAUUCUUGAUGGGUGGUGCUGGUAUUUAUGAUGUUGUCAAACAAGUUGAAAAGGGUGUUUAUAUGGGAUUCAGAUCACCAUGUCUUUAAAUUAUUGCCUUUUUGAUAAGGUCCAUUUGUAAAUUGUCUAAACUUGCUCCAUUGUUGUGGGGUACUAAAUACUGAGAUAUCCUUACUUUGCUAAACUAAAGUACAUUAUUUUAUGAUAA